UGAUUUCCAUUAUGACAACUGCUUGUGGAUGGAUUUAUCUUGGCUAGUUAUCAUAUAGGCGGACAUUUUUAUAAAAUGUAGUAUACAUAAAUGUAAUGUGAUGUUUUUUUUAAUUGGGUAUCAACAAUUAGUAUCAGCCUUAAUAUGAACAGUAAUUGUUUAAAAAAUGUGCAAAAGGCUGUUUGGCAGCCGACUCUUCAUGGUGAGCCGACAAACUGAUCCGACUCGAUGAAGUCAAAAGUGCCGUCAGUGGUCCCCACGGAGGACGUGUGACGGCUGCAGCGCUGCUUUGUGGGUAACGAAGUUGCUUACACAAAAAGCACCCCGUAGCUUUUGGAAACACUAUCUUGAACCGGUUCCCGUUCCACAAUUUUGAGAGUCUGAUUGUUUUUGUACAUGUAUUGCCCGUACAUGGGCACAUACUCUGCUGCGAGAAAAUACCCAACGACUUGAUUGCGUUUCAAUGCGCACUUCAUUUCCCAUCAUGCACCGCGCCAGAGCGGCACUGAACGGACUCGGGGAAGGUAAACAAGGCUGCGUAAGCCUUCAGUGAUAGCUGACAGUGUACUAAAUUAUUGGUGUUUGUUACGUAGUGUGUGCAGUUAGCUGCCUUUAAGCCUGCUCCAGGAUGUCGCCUGGAGACGUGCAGUGAUUACAUCGUCGUGAUCUUCUGCAAUGGACAGAACGAGAGGAGUUGACUGGAUCAAAUGGGACAUUUCGAGGCUCUGAGGGAUUUGUCGCAAUGGGACCCAUUCUACAAGAACGCACAACAUCUUCGAUCCUGAAGAGGGUUCCAGUUAAAGACAAGGUUAGAGUGAAAAAUUCAGAAAAUACAGCCAUCGUUACAAGCAAAACAGGAAUCCAAAUCAGCCAGAACCAGAAACCUCAGAGAAAAACAAGCUCAUUGCAUAAGAAUGUCAUUUCAGAGCUGGACAAGGAGCCCUUUCCCAGAGCUGAAAUUGGCCAACAAAGGAACCGAACAAAGCACAUCAAGAGUCCUAACAGUGGUACAUUCAGGAUGCAACACACACAGUUUGAAGCAGAUAUAAGGCAUCCAAGGACCAGGCCAUCUUCAUCAGAAUGGGAAGAGAAGAGGCUGAAGAUGCAGCAUCAGCCCCUUUGCUCUACUGAGGUUGAGCAAAACUGUGCAGCUCGAGAAAAGAGCCGGCGUGGUUUGUCACUCCCGCUGGCUCCUCAUCAGUUCCGCUUGCCUGAAAAUGUCAGAGACCUGGAGUCCCUGCGCCUCCUGGAGCACAACGAAGAUGACACAGACAGUGCAAGUGACCUGUCAGAUUCAGAAAGGCUUCCUGUUCUGCCAUCUCCCUGCACCCCUCCUCAGCUCAAUCUCAGAGCUGAAAUUGUUGACUCCCUCGACCUGUAUCCACAUAUCCCAGGCCCCAAGACAGUACAGACAGGAAGUGACGGCUAUAAUUAUCCUGAUUUCCUACCACCACCAUUCAACACUUGGAGCCUAAGGCAACUUGCUAUUUUCUUGAAUACAGAGGGGAAACGUGCACCACGUCCAAAGCCGGUUGGCCAGCUUGAGAUGUUCCUGGAACGUCUGCUGCAGCUAGAAUGGCACCAGAUCCAGACUAUUCAAAAUGAGAGCAGCCAACCGAUGGCAGCCAGUGUCCGCACUAGAAGUGGUGUCCCUAAUGGUCCACAAAUCGCCAGCCUCUCUCGGCCUCACACAGCACCUCCUUCUCGCCUCAGCUCUCCCAAAAGCAUGCGUCAGAAUCAGCGCUCUCUCCCUUUUACUCUCCUAUCAUCCCUGGGCAGCCCAUCCUCAGGCCAGAUUUCUCGCUGCCUCUACUGCCAUGUACGGCACCCAAUGUGCAGUGGCAGCUGUUCCUCGUAUACCUACCAGCGCCAUUCCCGCCUCAGCCCACUGCUGGAGCGUAAAGCGGCACCCAGCAUCAUGCACAAAAGAAGCAGUAGCGAAAGUAGGGCUUCAGCCUUGGAGAACAAAGCCAUCAGUAGAGCUCACCAUCCUGUAAGCCCAAAUGGUCACCAAAAACCAGUGGAGGCAUCUGGAAGUCUGCAAAAAGUUUCUCAGGAGUUGAGUAUAAAGAGCAAAAAACAUCCAUCAGCCUGUAAAGGGCACACUGGGAGGGCUGCUGAAGCAGAGAGUCACAAAUUUCCCCCUGUGGGAGCGAGAAGUGCACUUGACAAGCGCAUUGUUGUUGCACAUAAACGAGACGUUCGUCUUUCAGGAAAGAAGGAACAGAAAGAAGGGCAGCAGACAGAGAUUGGGGGCAGUGGUGCAAUGACUGGGGUUAAAAGAAUGGUCAGUGAAAAUAAUAGCAUAAAAGGGAGCAGAGGAGAUAGAAAGUUAAAAAAUGCCCACGUGUCCAAAUAAAAGGAUUACAAUUAUCAUGCAUUAAUCAUCAGAAACUUGAACAGCCCGAGUGCACAACAUGUCACAAUCAGUAAUCAUCUGCAAAAUUAUAUUUUGCAUUGCAAUUUACUCAUCACAUUUAUUUUAGUACAUUUUUGAUCUAAGUUAUACAAAAUGUAAUACUUCAAUUGUAUUCAUUUAUUUUGCAAAUAAGUAUUAUUUAUUUCAUUUCUCAAGCUUAAUAAAUUAUUUGGGCAUACUUUUAAGGCCUAUAAACGUACAAAUCGAAUUAAGAUAGAGCAUUGGUGUUUUUGACGUUUUUCUGCUAUCCUGUUGCCAGCGACAUGUAAAUUUAGUCUGUUUGGACUUAAUAUAGUACUGAUAUACAUUAAAGAAUGUAUAUUUUUGACACGAGUAAUGAAUGUUUUGUAGUGGAUAUAUGUAUUUUCGUAUAUUUUCUCUGUUGAAUUUAGGCAAUUUUUAGUUUUUUGCUAUUUUGUUCAUAUUUGUCUCAUUUAUUGCUCUUUGGUACUUUUUAAACAACAUAUAUAUAUAUUGCUUUAUCAUGUAUAUUUUGGACAUUGUGCAUUCUCUAUUUCGAGCAAUAUUUCGUAUUAAGUAUAGUUUUCAUAUCAUAUUGUGGUAUAAUAAGGAGUUGCAGUUGUUAAUGUAUGUUCUAGAUCUUUUUAUUUUUCUAUUUAUUGUCUUUUGGUGCUGCAUAUGUUACAUUUUGUUUUGUUUAAUUCACAGUAGUGACUGAACUGUUCUUAUGAUUUUUAAAUGAAUAACUUACUUGAAUAAUAUUGGGUGGUGACUGGAGGUAGUAGUUGGCUUGCCUCUGUAUUUUCCACCUUUACUGUUUUAUUUUGUUAUAAUGUUUGUGUGUUUGUGCGUCAAAAGGCAUUCUAAAGGGAAAAACAUGUUCAUGUACUAUUGUGCUUUUGUUUUGCUGAAUGCACUAUUUCAUGAGAAAUGUUAUAAACUUAUUCAUGACUUCAUCAAA